UAGUGUUGUGAUUGGUUAGACGAAAUAAAUUUGUUUGUCGUUAAUUGCUAACUGCAUGUUUCUAUAAAGUGAAAAAUAUAAAUAAUUUUAUAAAAUAAAUUAAUAAAUGUGUAAAAAUAAAUGAAAAUUGUCAUUUUAUAUUUUUGUGCAAAAAAUCUACAGUGGUUUGUCAGAAGGUUUGUGAGAAGAAUGAUAAUUUGACUAGUUCUAUUGGUAAAGAAACGAUAGCAACAUUAAUAUUCAACAAACUAUUAAGAUGCCUCCAAAGUGUAAAUUUCAAGAAGGUGAGAAAGUAUUAUGUUUUCAUGGACCCUUGAUUUAUGAAGCUAAAUGUUUAAAAUUUUCUAUUACAAAGGAAAAACAAAUCAAAUAUUUUAUUCAUUAUGCUGGUUGGAAUAAAAAUUGGGAUGAAUGGGUGCCAGAAAGUCGAGUAUUGAAAUAUAAUGAAGCUAAUGUACAAAGACAACGGGAGGUACAACGAGCACAUUCUAAUCAACAGAGUGCACAGAAAAAUAAAAAAGGUAGUACAGGUUCUAAAACUCAAGGACGAAGAAGUGAUAUUGGUAGAGAAAAAGAUACUGAUAGUAGAGCUAGUACACCAGUAGCAAAUGUUGAUAAAACUAUUAGUCGUCUUAAUAAAAGUGCAAGUAGUAUUGUUACACCUUCAUCAUCUCAUGAUACUACAACGGAAGGACCACGCAAAAAACGCAGCCGAGUAGAACCUUCUGGUGAAAAUGAAGAAUAUCUUACAAAAGUAGAAGUUAAAAUUAAGAUACCGGAAGAAUUAAAAUUUGUUCUAAUAGACGAAUCGGAAGUAAUAUUAAAACAUCAUAAAUUACCAGUCUUGCCUGUUAAAAACACAGUUGAUAAAAUUCUAGAUGAUUAUGUAGAAUCAAAAUCAGUUGGAAAACCUGAAGCUACCAGAGAAAGUGUUAUGGAAAUAACAAAAGGCAUUAGGGAUUACUUCAAUAUUACUUUAGGUCUUCAAUUAUUAUAUAAAUGGGAACGUCCACAAUUUAUACAGAUGCUGAACGACAAUCCAGAUGUUUUGCCCAGUCAAAUGUAUGGUGCAUUUCAUUUACUUCGAUUAUUUGUUAGACUAGGCGGAAUGUUAUCCUAUACUACUUUAGACGAAAGAAGCAUACAAUUAUUGCUAUCACAUUUUCAUGAUUUUCUACAGUAUUUGCAAAAGAAUCAUGUCGAAUUAUUCAAUCUUCAACAAGAUUAUACAGAUCCUCCUCCAGAUUAUCAUCGAAAAUAUGGUUAAGAUAAUAUUAAAUAUAUAAUUCUAGAUUGUCUUUAUUCAUUGGUCAUACUGCAACAGCUCACGUUAAAAAGAAAAUGUACAUUAUUGUGAAUUUUACAAUCAAUUUUUAUAGUAGACAUUUCUUGAAUCAUCUGAGUGAUGCAUGAAUUAAUUGAUAUGAUCAAAGUGACGGAAACAUACUGUUCUCAAUUUUAAUAGAACUAAAUAAUGUAGAUGUUAAAUGUUAUGUCAUUUAAACAUAUGAUUGCAUGGUAUGAUGAUAAAAUGCAAAUAUGUUUUCAUAAGAAUUACGUAGAAUUCUUGAAAAAGAAAUACAUAAUACUGAAGAACGCAAGGAGCAAUGAAAUAAUAAAUCUAUAUAAAUAAAGUGUGAUAUACUUUGA